ACCUUCCUUUUCUCUCACUUCUGACACGUCUGCAGUCAUUCCAGUAUGGCCACAGCCUCCUCUCCCCUCACAGACCACCUCCGUUGUUCGAUCUGCACAGAGGUUUUCACUGAGCCUGUGUCUCUCAACUGCCAGCACACCUUCUGUAAGAGCUGCAUCCAACAAAGCCUGAAGACCCUCCAGCAAUGUCCGUUGUGCGGAUCUUGCCUAUUCAGAGACUCAACCUUUGAAAUCAACAAGCCUAAACCUAAACCUAGACUUAAACCUAAAUCUGAAGGGGUGGAACAGUCUUCCGAUCAUGGUGAAUGGAGACAGAGAACCACAGCAGGACAACACAUGUGUUCUAAACACAAUGAAAUGUUGCAAUUGUUCUGUGAUACAGACAAACGGUUCAUCUGUGUUGUAUGCAGAGACGGGAGAGCCCACGCAGGACACAAGUUCAAACCUGUGAAAGAGGCGCAAGAUGAUGUCAUGGAGAAACUAGUCUCUGACUUAAUCUACCUUCAAGAGGAUAUCAACAUGGUGGUCAGGUUCCUGGAGAGCGAGCGAGGCAUCACGGCGAACACGCGGGAGAGAAACGUCAGACUCAAAGCCGAGAUAAGCUCCCAGUUUGAGGAGCUCAGAGAGCAGCUGAGACUGAGAGAGGAGCAGGCCAUGAAGGAGAUAGAGGAUAUGGACAUGGACUUUGAGACUAAACUAACCGAGAUAGAGGAAGUGUUGGCAGAAGGCUGGGAGAGACAGGCCAUCUUAAAGUCAGCGAUGAACAUUUCUGAGCCCAGGGAGUUCGUCAUGUGGUGGACAGAAAAGGGUGAGGCCGAGGCGAGGCUGGUGAGGGAGGUUGGAAAACUGCAGGGACCUUUGAUGAGGAAAUGCCCCCCUCCCAGUCCACAGAAACCCUGGACAAUCCUGGGCCUAUCUGCUACACAGCCCAAACCAUCCGUCACACUCCCCAACUCAGUCAUGAUACAACGUGGCCCAGCCAGGACAGAGUUGCAGAGCCUGCUUGGCUUCCUGGACUCGGAGGGUCUGAAGAAAAGUCUUUCCAGAAGCAUUUCUCAACCCAAAUCCAACAAUUUAGUCUUUAAAAAGACUAAAUCUAAAAAAGACCAGAGUAAAUUUCAUGUCAGUUUUUAGAUACUGAGUCAUGUCUCAAAGUGACUUUCCUCUUUACAAACGGAUUGUGCUCUUGUAAUCUGAUUACUUCUAUUGAUGUGAUUGAUUUGAAUGAAUAGUGUGUAUUAUUUUUUUAAAAGUUUUAUAGUAAUAACUGUAUUGGUUUGAAUUGUGGCACUGAGAAACAAAUUAUUGUGUGCAUUUGGAAUGUGUAAAGAAGAUCAUAUAGAUUUUAGAUUAUAUUUAGAUGUAAUGUUUCUUUUUAGAUUUUAGCAUUAGUGAUUAAUCAAAUCAGUUUAUUUGUCACGUGCGCCGAAUACAACAGGUGUUGUAUAUCACCUUAUAGUGAUAAACAGAGUAGCAGCAGUGUAAAAAGAGGGGGUUGGGGUGGGCACACAAUUCAAAUAGUCCGGGUAGCCAUGUGAUUACCUGUUCAGGAGUGUUAUGUCUUGGGGGUAAAAACUGUUGAGAAGCCUUUUUGUCCUAGACUUGGCAUUCCGGUACAGCUUGCAAUGCGGUAGUAGAGAGAACAGUUUAUGACUGGGGUGGCUGCGGUCUUUCACAAUUUUUAGGGCCUUCCUCUGAGGUCCUGGAUGGCAGGCAGUUUAGCCCCAGUAAUGUACUGGGCUGUACGCACUACCCUCUGUAGUGUCUUGCGGUCAGAGGCCGAGCAAUUGCCGUAGAAGGCAAGUGAUGCAACUAGUCAGGAUGCUCUCGAUGUUGCAGCUGUAGAACCUGUUGAGGAUCUCAGGUCCCAGGCAGGUAUGACGCCUCAAUUCUCAAGAUCAAUGGAUUUGUAUGAAUACAUUUUAAAAAGUGUCAAACUGUGACCUAAGCAAGGAAGCCAUAACUAUUUGAAAACAUGGUAUACAGUGCUAAACCUAUUUUAUUUAUCCUCUAUGGGAUCGGUGUCCCUAAACCGGGACAGUUUUUGCUCAAUAUGCGAUAAUGUGACUAGAAUGAUGUUGUAAACAACAGACAUCUUCCGGGACAUAGAUGUCUAAUAUGGGCAGAAAGCUUAAAUACUUGUUAAUCUAACUUCAAUAUGCGAUAAUGUGACUAGAAUGAUGUUGUAAACAACAGACAACUUUCCUGGACAUAGACGUCUUAUAUGGGCAGAAAGCUUAAAUUCGUGUUAAUCUAACUGCAGUGUCCUAUUUACAGUAGCUAUUACAGCAAGAAAAUACCAUGCUAUUGUUUGAGGAUAGUGCACAACAACAAAACACUUUUAGUACGGCAACUGGUUUGAUACAUUCACCUCUGAAGGUAAAUAAUGUACUUACAUUCAGUAAUCUUGCUCUGAUUUGUCAUCCUUAGGGUCCCAGAGAUAAAAUGUAGUGUAGUGUUGUUUGUUACAAAACAUUUAUAUAUUAAAAUGUAGGAACUGGGUUCUACAGUAGAGAGAAUAAAGUAGAUGGCACACGUCAAACGUUUGAUAUAUGACCCAAUGUCCAGAUGAUGUGUGCAUGCCCAUAUUUGAGAAAGAGAAAGAAUGGACUUCCAUGUGGCUGCAUGAUGUUCUCUAUCAGCAACGAGGAAACCCGCAACCAAAACAUUCGUGAUGGAGGCCUGACUGGGGAUUUUAGGUUGCGCAUGCUUAUUCCUUUUAAAAGUUGGGAUUUAAUGGAAUUGAAAAUGUUAGAGUUGUUGGACGCUCUUUUUGUACAGAGCCAACAGCGGCAGAGCAUUGUUCAUGUAAGGAAGUACAUAAUAUAUGCGAAUCCUGAGGAUUAUGAUUCAAAGGAGCACAGAGAAGGUACAUCCUCAGAAGGGUCAUCCCCCGAAGAAAACUAAGUACGCGGCUGCGGUAACCACGUCCUGAUACCCAAAGGACUGAUUCGACAAUAAAAGGAGUGCCCUUAAAGCCUCCAGUUCUUCCUUUCCGCAUAUACCAUGGAUAUUCAUACCACAUACCAGGACUCUGAAACGUCAUGGGGGCCAGACCCUAAGGACUCUAUGUCUCGCGGCCCAACAUUCUACUCCCCCCUAGUACUGACUCCCCCCUGACAAGACUCGCGACACUCCCUACAUGUACACAGCCUGAGGAUGUGUUUGAUGGGGUGGUCAGUACUAUUUUUGUGGACACCAUCAAGGCCUCUGUAGCCACACUUUUAUAUGUGGUGAUUGGAGAGUAUAUACGAGGAAAAUGCAUCGGUUGUGAGGUCAAUCACCACAGCCAGCGCAGGCAUUCGUGCCUAUACAAAUCAAAUCAAAUCAAAUGUAUUUUUAUUUUUAUAUAGCCCUUCGUACAUCAGCUGAUAUCUCAAAGUGCUGUACAGAAACCCAGCCUAAAACCCCAAACAGCAAGCAAUGCAGGUGUAGAAGCACGGUGGCUAGGAAAAACUCCCUAGAAAGGCAAAAACCUAGGAAGAAACCUAGAGAGGAACCAGGCUAUGUGGGGUGGCCAGUCCUCUUCUGGCUGUGCCGGGUGGAGAUUAUAACAGAACAUGGCCAAAAUGUUCAAAUGUUCAUAAAUGACCAGCAUGGUCAAUAAUAAUAAGGCAGAACAGUUGAAACUGGAGCAGCAGUACGGCCAGGUGGACUGGGGACAGCAAGGAGUCAUCAUGUCAGGUAGUCCUGGGGCAUGGUCCUCGGGCUCAGGUCCUCCGAGAGAGAGAAAGAAAGAAAGAAUUAGAUAGAGCACAUGUGGGGUGGCCAGUCCUCUUCUGGCUGUGCCAGGUGGAGAUUAUAACAGAACAUGGCCAAGAUGUUCAAAUGUUCAUAACGACCCCCCAAGAUACUACUUCUUCAACCAUUUUGAGGCGCUGGUGAAAAGACUUUGGUCUUGCAGGUUUAUACCAUCGCUGGUCAGAGCCCUGGAGUCUAUGGGCCUUGUGCCGUCUAUUCCCAGAAUUUACGGGGUAACCGAGGCUUUCCUACAUGAACUGAAGGAGGCGAUCUACAUCCACGAGAAACUCAAAGAAAUCCGACACACCCUGGUGGACAACAACAAAUACAGGGAAGCUGUGGUGGCUGAUGUGAUGACUUUCUGGCUCAAUAAACCCCAAGAGACCGAGUGACAAUUUGUUAUUUAGAUGUGUACGACUAUGUGUAUACGAUGUUAGAGAGAAUAAACACAUUUUAUCUUUUGAGAGAACUUACAAAUGUUAUGCAUCAAACUAUUGAAAAUAAAGUGAACAUUGUAUCGUUCUACACAAUCCACAAUUCCGGGACUAAUGUAGAGCGCUGGGCAUGAAAAUGGAACAAAUCAUGAAUCAUGUACGACAUACGCGCAAGAGUCUACAAUGGACACAAUUGGUAUCCCGUCUUGUGGAUGAUUCUGAAGAAAUAGAAACAACAUUGUCUAAGAUUUUACUUUAUUUGUUUGAAACACCAUUUAAUUGUAACAUGUAUCAUAUUUGUUGUUUAUAUACUUAUAUAGCGGAAGUGUGUGUUCUAAAAAUUCAGCGACACAAGCCUGUUAAUCUAAACCAAAUAUACAGGGUGUUGCAUGCUGUGAUCGUUGAGAAAACGGGGACAUGUAUCCUGCAACAAAUUCUGAAUUGUCUGUAUACGUAAUACAAAAUGUAUGCUUAAAAUAAAAUAAAAUAAA